GGCAGUGAAUAACACUCUAACCUCUUAAAUAAAUAUAAUUAUUUUGUUGUGCGACUAUAAUGUGUAGUGUCUGAAUUGUCAUGUGAUAAUAAAAUGCUGUAAACACUGUGACAAUCAGAUUUAAUCACUUGUGUCGAUACCAUCUAACAGUGUUGGUUAGCAACGGCCGCUUCAAGAAGCGUAAUAACGGCUAUUAAGAAGGUUUAUUUUUCAAUGUGUGAUAACGACCGCUGUUUGAUAAAUGAUUAACGGUCGUUAACUGAUAAGCCCCGUAUAUAAACGAUCGUUGAGGUAAUUUACGAGUCGUUAUUACAACUACAAUCCGUUAGUGAAUUCUAUUCAUAUAUUUUCUUAAUUUUAAAUCAUGGAAGAAUAUUUGACUAAUUUGACUGAGACCUUAUUGCGGCACGAUGAUCAUGACCAUGAUCAUGACCAUGACCAUGACCACGAAGAUGACGGUGAUGUGAUGCUGGCUAAAGGGGUCGCUAUGAUAAGCCUUUUUACUUUAUCUAUGAUCUGUGGAAUAAUACCUAUGAAACUUAAUAGCUGCUUAAAUUUAGAGCGAAGCGCGCCAGAUGUAGAACAAAGAAAAAUACAGGAGCCGACUACAUUCAAGAAACCACGGAUUGUUCAACUACUAUUAAAUUUUGGAGGUGGCGUCUUGAUGGCAACAACAUUUCUUCAUUUACUACCAGAGGUUAAAGAAAAUGUUGAAGCUCUUUCUGAAAAUGGGCACAUUCCGGAAUUACCAUUCCAAUUGGCUGAAUUACUUAUGUGUUUUGGCUUUUUUAUAAUGUUUUUGAUUGAUGAAUCAGUGCACGUGUAUAUACACCGUCGCGAACGUAUAAAUGCCGCUAUGCAUCGAGCAGGUGAAGAUGAGAAACUUGAAGAUAUAUUUAAUCGCAAUUUAAGCUUUCGUAAACGCGGAAAAGAUAACUCAUUCUGUCAACAGAGUACAUGCACAAACAUUGAUCAAAAUCUCAAUGACAAUUGCGGCGAGAUUUGCGUUAUUUCUGGUAAAAAUGACGUAAAGGCACCGCCUAAGCAUAUUGACAAAGAGGAUGCUUUGGUUAAGAAUGUAAGAGGAUUACUUAUUGUUUUAGCAUUAAGCGUUCACGAGCUAUUUGAAGGAUUGGCCGUUGGCUUAUCAAGUUCUACUUCUAACGUAUAUUACUUAUUUGGAGCAGUCAGCGCACAUAAAUUAGUAAUCGCCUUUUGCAUAGGAAUCGAACUUGUGAGUUCGAAUUUAAAAACUAAACUAGUAAUAGCUUACAUUUUCACCUUCGCCGUAGUAAGUCCUCUAGGCAUAGGAUUGGGGCUGGUGGUAAGCAGCAGCGCAGCGCAAGGAUUGCCCACGACCAUAUUACAAGGUAUGGCUUGCGGUACACUGUUAUAUGUAGUUUUCUUCGAAAUUCUUCUACCAAGCGUGCAAGGAAAACAUGAACAUUCACAUUUUGGGGAUGCUACUCAUAACCAUCAUCAAACGCCUGCUUAUGAUUAUUAUACAUCACCCCCACCAAAUUAUUCUAGUAGUGACAACCUAGAUUCUGCAGAAUCAUCACAAUCUCACGAAACUUCAGAGGGAAAUAAUGAGAUAUACCGGAGGUAUGAGGAAAAUAUCACAAAUCAAGGCGAUAAGAAAGAAGAGAUGAAAGGAAGAGUUUUUGCAUCAGCUCGAGUUCAUACAGAAAAUGAACACAAACAUCACGAUCACGAUAUGAGCGCAUGGAGCGAUUUCAGCGGAUUACUGCAGUAUAUUGCAGUUUUGAUUGGAUUUUUGAUCAUGUUUGGAUUGCAAUUCGCAACUGGCCAUCAACAUUCACAUGGGGACGGUGGACAUGAACACAGUCAUACGCACAACGGACAUGAACAUGAGCACUGAUUGGCGAAGAAGGAAAACUAGGAAGGUUGAGACUUAAUCAGCUGUGUGAUGAGGCCGGAGGACGGUAUUUAA